AUGAGCAAGUUCUCACUCAAGGGUCGGACAGCCCUUGUGACGGGUGGUGCCCGAGGAUGUGGGCUUGCAUUUGCUCAGGGGCUUGCCGAGGCUGGAGCAGAUGUAGCAAUUUUCGAUGUCAUCGAUCCAGUGCAAGGUUUUUAUGACAUUGAGAAAGACUAUGGUGUGAAGACGAAAUAUUACAAGUAA